CAGCAGGAGCCAGCCGUUAUGGCCGGCAGUUUGACGCAGCACUGCUCUCAGACCCCGGACUACAGCUCCAGUAACUCAGUCCCGGUGCCGGUCCUGACUCAGAACAACUCUAGGGACAAAUGGAGCAAAAAGAUGGAUUUCCUCCUCUCUGUUGUUGGUUUUGCAGUGGACCUGGGAAAUGUUUGGAGAUUUCCUUACGUAUGCUAUCAGAAUGGAGGCGGUGCUUUCCUCAUCCCCUACAUCCUCAUGGCGAUUUUUGGUGGUGUGCCACUCUUUUACAUGGAGUUGGCUUUAGGACAGUUCCACAGAACUGGGGCAAUUUCCAUAUGGAAGCACAUCUGUCCUAUCUUCAAAGGUAUAGGAUACGCCAUUUGUAUCAUUGCUCUGUAUGUGUCUUUCUACUACAACACCAUCAUUGCCUGGGCCCUCUUCUACUUCUACUCCUCAUUUACCAGUAUCUUGCCUUGGACAAACUGUGACAAUGUGUGGAAUACACCGGACUGCACCAACUAUUUCGGUAUGGACAACGUCACCUGGACCAAUACCUCCAGGUCUCCAGCAGAGGAAUUUUACUUGAGGAAUGUUCUUGAGAUUCACAAGUCAUCAGGGCUGAGAAAUGUUGGAGGUGUGCGCUGGCAGCUGAUGCUUUGCCUUUUUCUCAUUUUUACUAUCGUAUACUUCAGUCUUUGGAAGGGAGUGAAGACGUCAGGAAAGGUUGUGUGGGUGACGGCUACCUUACCCUAUAUUGUACUGUUCAUCCUCCUUAUUCGAGGAGCAACUUUACCAGGAGCCUGGAGAGGUGUGGUGUUUUACCUGAAACCUCAGUGGGAAAAAUUGUUGGAAACCAGUGUGUGGGUCGAUGCUGCGGCUCAGAUUUUCUUCUCUCUUGGACCAGGGUUUGGCGUCCUCCUGGCUCUCUCAAGUUACAACCCUUUCACCAAUAAUUGCUAUCGUGAUGCUAUCGUGACAAGUUUGGUGAACUGUCUGACCAGCUUUGUGUCAGGCUUCGUCAUCUUCACUGUGCUGGGCUACAUGGCAGAGAUGAGGAAGGUGGAGGUGCAGGACGUGGCCAAAGAUAAAGGACCAAGUUUACUGUUUAUCACGUACCCUGAGGCCAUUGCGAACAUGAUGGGCUCCACCUUCUUUGCCAUCAUCUUCUUUGUCAUGAUGAUCACACUGGGACUGGACAGCACUUUUGGUGGACUGGAGGCCAUUAUCACUGCUGUACUGGACGAAUAUCCUGACCGCUUCUCCCACAGACGUGAGCACUUUGUGCUCUGUCUAGUUAUAGUCUGCUUUUUGGGCUCUCUGAGCACCCUUACAAAUGGUGGAGCUUAUGUGGUCAAGCUGCUGGAGGAAUUUGGGGUUGGAUGUUCUAUUAUUGCAGUAGGAUUCCUGGAGGCCAUCGCAGUUUCUUGGUUUUAUGGCAUCAACCGAUUUAGCAGCGAUGUUCAGGCCAUGUUGGGCAAAGCUCCUGGGUUGUUCUGGAGGGUUUGCUGGGUUGCCAUUAGCCCAGCAUUUCUGGCGUAUAUCAUAGUCAGCUCCCUGCUGAAGGCUCCGCAACUCACACUGUUUGACUACAAGUACCCAGACUGGAGCAUUACAGUGGGGUACUUCAUUGGGUUGUCCUCCUUUAUGUGGAUCCCCAUCUACAUGGUGUACAAGCUGGUGUGGACUCCCGGGUCACUAAAACAGAGGUUGGCAGUGUGUCUGAGACCGGAGAGGACCAUACCUGACAUCCACACUGACAGCCUGAACAUGGAUACUGUACACUUGUAGAUGCAAGAUGAUCAAGGCUGAUUUUCUGACAUCAUGAUUUGAUCUAGUGAUGUUAUGAAAUGUGUAAACUCUAUUUGUAUCUGAUUUUCCUACAAACACCACUAUCAUAGU